UCGUGGUUGUAUGGUUAGCGCGGACUCGCAAUAUAAGCACUGGCUAUACGUUUACUCAGCAGAUACUGGCACUCAGCGGCUCUGGUGUUCGGCGCGGUUCACUCUCCACGUUGCUCUGGAUUCCUCUCAAGCUGCUACCAUGCGGGGGCUGGUACUGUCGCUGAUGAUCACUUCCAUUUGUUUAGCCAAAAGAGUUCAAGCAAUCAAAUGGGGUAGAUGUGAACAUGUGGAACUGCAAAAGAAUUUUAGUCUCGAUCAGUAUGUGGGAACAUGGUAUGAAAUCGAACGACUUUACAAUGUCACUACAGAACGCAGAUGUAUUUCUGAAACAAUAUCUAAAACUUUCAAUGGGUUUAGAGAGACAUAUGAACUUCUCACUUGGAUGAUUAAAGAGAAUGAUGAAGUGGUUGUACUCAGUGCAGAAUUAAUACCACCUCCAAAGGCAAACAAAGAUCAAGCAAAACUUACCUACAGACUUGAUGAACAAAUGGGGUAUGAGCCUUUAGAUGACAGUGUCAUUUUUUAUUACUGGGUGGUAGACACUGACUAUACAAGUUACUCGCUGGUAUUCUCCUGUGUUUCUUUCCUUGGCAUAGCACACACCCCGUAUGCCUGGAUUCUUUCAAGAGAACGACAGCUGUCAGCAAAUACCACAAAAUACCUGCAUGAUACCCUGGAUAAAUAUCACAUUAAUACUGAAGAUUUUGUGAAAAUUAAUCAAGAAGGUUGCAUAUAAGAGCUAAACAAAAACCGAAAGAACUGCAAAUGCCGUAAAUCAGGAACAAAGGCAAAGUUGCUGGAAAAGAUCAGCAGGUUUGGCAGUAUCUGUGAAGGGAAAAACAGAGUUCACGUUUCCGGUCCGGUGACCGUUCCUCACAACUUAGUUUGGGUCACCGGACCCAAAACGUUAACUCUGUUUUCCCCUUUACAAAUGCUGCCAGAUCUGUUGAGCUUUUCCAGCAACUUUGUUUUUGUUGCAUACAAGGGAUGAUCAGAAUACAUACAAAUCAUUUUAAUCUGCAUCAAAAUGCACCUAUUUUUAGUUUACUCCAUUGCAAUUUGCACUGGAGUUAGUACAACUGAAAUUAAACAAUACCUGCUGGAUUUGCUGUGAUGGACUGUGAGUUAAAUUAUCUAUAUCAAAAGUGCAGGAGUUUGAACAAGCACCUUCAAUUGCUAAUAUCUACCCCCACUGAAGUUCAAAUCAAUGGUGAAAUUUUGACUGGGCCAUCACUAGACAAUCAAAAAUGCAACUUAAAAUUAAGACAAUUGGUAUCACACUUCAUGCUACAAACAUUUGGCUUAAAUAGAAAGACUGACUAAUUAGUGCUAAGGAACAUAAAAGAGGUCUCCCCUUGGGGUCCAGUUUUGUACACAUUGGCCUGGGUUUUCUGCUUGUGAAAUUUCAAUCCAUAUUUCCUACUCCCAGUAAUUUUAUUAGUCAGAAAAAUCACUGACUGGCAAUAAGUAAGAAAAAGUAUAUGAUUUCUAGCUCAAUGCCUUUAUUGUCACUCUUGGUUUGACCUCCUAACUGUUUCUUUGCUGUUCUUAUGUUAUUCAAUCAAAUAAUAUGCAAUACUUAGAACUUAGAUUAGUUUGGGAUUGACAGAGUUAUUUGGCUUUGUGCACUACAAUAGUAUCAUUAAAUCUGUUAUACUAAGUGCUUUUUUUCAGCAAUAAAAAUGAAAAACUGAAAUAA